GUGCAAUUGCAUAUUUUUCAAAUUAUUGAAAAUUAAAACACACACACACACAUAGAUACAACAAAAACACAAGGAGAUGCGAAAAUGUGUGCCAGUGUCAUAAAUCAAAUUAACACCGCCAAACGCAUUAGCAGCAACAGCAGUGGAAAAGGCAAAAAAAUCAUUAACACAGCCAGCUGUGACGUCAUGAACAGCAGCAGCAGCAACAACAACAACAAUAACAACAACAACAGCCAUAUGCAAGCACUUGCCAGCAGUCACCGCCUUCGUUGUGAGUUCACUGCCACAAAGCGCGCCAAUGUCCGGCUCAAGUUGUGGCCGCUUUCGUUGCCGUCAACGUCGCUGCCGCUGCUACUGUUAGUGGGCGCAUCGCUGCUGCUGUGCGCUGCAAAACCGACUAAUGCCGCCGCCACCGCCACCGCCACUAACGCCAAUAACAAAAGCGCACGCGAAAUUAUCAGCAACACCAGUGCGGAUGAAAAAAANUCACUGCCACAAAGCGCGCCAAUGUCCGGCUCAAGUUCGCCGCAAGAUACCAAGUGUUCGGUCCUUAUAGACGAUAUGCAGGAGACGCGUGAUAUUGGCGCUGUUUGGAUUUCCUCACACGAUGCAUGCGACGUGCACGCUUGCGAACUAGAUGCUAGCGGUGUGCCGCGAGAGACUAUCACGAAGGUCGAUUGUGGACAGUUCUAUUGCGAUGUGGAUUCGGAGUUACGUUCGCAACCGGGCAGCUGCUGUGGUGAAUGUGUACGCACCAAGUGCCGCUUCAAUGACACCGUCUACGAGCUGGGUCAGACUUGGCACAGUCCGGAUGGCUGCACGAUGUACGAAUGCGCGCCACUGCCAGCAGCUUCCAUCGUCACACCAAUCGUAAAUGUUUACGAAAAAACAUGUGCGCCGCUACCGGCAGAUUGUCCGCGAGAGCGGGUGUUUGUGAAAGAUUGUUGCGUGCAGUGUCGCGGUACAGAGGCGGAUAUGGCGCGCAACAGCGCCGCUUCGGUUGAACUGCGCGAGGAGAAUGGUGACAUUUGGACCGAGGAGUUUUAUCGCAAUCAUCCGUGUGCGCGCGAAUGCCAACCAAAUGCAGCGCCGAUGACUUGUCAUUACACUUUCGUGGUUGAAUGGUAUGAGACUAUGUCGAAAGCUUGCUACGCGUGUCCGCAGAACGGCACUGACUGCGAGCGGCCACACUGUGUGCUCGGCGAUGGCAUUGAACGCAGUGUUAUGGUGGUAAAUCGCAUGAUGCCCGGCCCCUCAAUGGAAGUGUGCCAUGGCGACAUGAUUGUCGCCGACGUACGCAAUCAUCUGCUCGGCGAUAGCACUACCAUACACUGGCAUGGCAUGCACAUGCUCGAUUAUCCAUAUAUGGACGGCGUGCCACACGUCUCGCAGUGUCCGAUCUCACCGCAUUCCACCUUCCGUUAUCGUUUUCGCGCCGACAAUCCGGGCACACACUUCUGGCACUCACAUACCGGCAUGCAGCGUGGUGAUGGCGUCUUUGGCGCGCUGAUUGUGCGACGGCCGCGUGCAAACGAAGCGCAUGCACACCUUUAUGAUUUUGAUUUGUCCGAACACAAGAUGAUUCUGCAGGAUUGGGUGCAUACACCGGGCGUAAGCAUUUUUGCAUCGCAUCAUCAUUCGCGUGGUGAUAAUAAGCCGGUGAAUUUAUUGGUGAAUGGGCGUGGACGCUUCUACUAUGCCAUUUGGGAUCAAGCCAAGAAAGAAGCGAGAGCUAGCGCAGCAGCCAAGCAGAGUAAGAGCGCCGCUGUGCCCACACCAACGCCGCAGCCAACAACAACCUCUACGUCUACUACUACGAGUCCAGAAACGUAUAUAGUAAACCAGCCGCAAAUACAUUUGCCCGACUGGAAGACUGAAUUACUACAUCCGGUAAACAAUUCGAACGUCCACAUCAUGCGCUUCCGAGAGACCAAUGAAGUUUUACGCUUAGCGCGCGUUGCAAAGGAAGAAACUCAGCAGCCUGCAGGCAAUUAUUCCGAAGGCACUGACAGCAUUGCUGGGGCGACUUCUACCUCUGGCACUCAUCGUUCGAAACGCGCCGUGGAUGAGAUUCUCUUACAUCAAAUGCCGCUGCAAACAUAUCAUGUGCAGCGUGGCUUCCGUUAUCGCUUCCGCAUCAUCAACGCCGAAUUUCUGAACUGCCCCAUUGCGGUGUCCAUUGAUAAUCACACGCUCACGGCCAUACAUUCGGACGGCUAUGACUUUGAGCCACUCGAAGUUGGCUCGAUAGUCACUUAUGCCGGUGAACGCUUUGACUUCGUGUUGAAUGCGAAUCAACCCGUCGGCAGCUACUGGAUACGCUUCAAAGGGCUCAUGGACUGCAGCGAUCAAUUCACAUCCGCCUUCCAAGUGGGCAUAUUGCGGUACGAGAGCGCAACGGAGGAUGAGCCAAGCGGUGUGCUGGGUUGGCAACACAAAGCUGAGGGCAUCGAAUUGAAUGCGAUGAAUCGCGGUUCAGGAUAUCCCGACUCAUUGACUGCGGCCGAGAUGACAGCGUUGCCAAUUUAUGACACCAUGCCAGGUGUGGAUCGUGACGCACUCAAACCCGUGGCAGAUUACAAAUUUUUCGUCUACUAUGAUUUCUAUGCCAAGGACCAUCCCGACUUCCAUCCAGCCAAUUACUACAGCUUCAACGACAGCAUGGGCAAGACGAAUAAGGUUUACACGCCACAACUGAAUCACAUCUCGUUCAAGUUCCCACCAAUGGCUUUGAUGGCGGAUCGCAAUCAAGUAGACGAGUCGCUCUUCUGCAACGACACUAGCCUCGCGCAGCAGGGCAUCGAUUGCCGGAGUGAAUUCUGCCAGUGCCAUCAUGUGUUGCAAGUACCGCUAAACUCUGUUGUGGAAGUUAUCUUGGUAGAUGAAGGUUUCACUUUCGAUGCCAAUCACCCCUUCCAUUUGCACGGCAACUCCUUUCGUGUGGUGGGUCUAGAACGCUUAGGCAGCAAUGUCACAAUCGAAAUGAUCAAACAGCUCGAUCGCUACAAUUUACUUAAACGCAACCUCGAUAGACCGCCGGUCAAGGACACUGUAACCGUGCCGGACGGUGGUUACACUAUCAUCCGCUUCGAGGCCUAUAAUCCUGGUUUUUGGCUCUUCCAUUGUCACAUCGAGUUCCAUGCUGAGAUCGGCAUGGCGCUGGUUUUUAAAGUUGGCGACAAUGAUCAAAUGAAAUCAGCGCCAAAGAAUUUCCCAACGUGUCAUGAUUUUAUGCCGAAGGACAGCGAUGAGGACGAUGCGGAGGAUAACAGCGGAAACAGUACGACAGAUGGUGUUACAAAUGCGCCUGCCACAUCAGAUCCCAGCACCGGUAGUGCCGCAGCGCUGAGCGCGAGAUGUUUCAGUUUACUUUUAAUGCUUCUGAUUCUAUGUGCUUCGCGUUUGGGAAUCUUCCACGCAGCACUGGCGAUACACUAAUUGGCAGUUUUGAAGCUUACUAAAUAUGUUGUUAACUAGAAUAUUUAUUGAUUUGCUCACACAAACUAACUAGAGCCUUACCACCGAGUCACUCUCUUCGAGAUAAAUCGAGAUGUUAUUCGAUUAAU